GGUCCUUCGUUCAUCCUGAUCUCACUACUAGCCAUGUCGUUCAUUCUCCGUCGCCCAUUUGCCGUCUCUACGGCGCUCAAACACUUUCCAAGGCAGCCAAACACAACUUCUCGAUUCAUUCACAGCUCCCGUUUGAAACAAGCGCCAUCCUCCUCAUCAUCGACUCCGAAGCGGCCUUCCACCUUCGCACGAUUCCAUCAAACAUAUCAAAAUGCAUUCCGCCGGACAUACCGACAAAUCUCCUACCAGGAAGCACAUGCGUCAGGAAACAGGACGCAAAAGCUACUCUAUGGCGCGGCCAUCGUGGGAGGCACCAUCGUUGCAACAAACAUGAUCUUCAACCGCGAAACGAGGGAAGAUGGCGGCAUGCCACUCUUCGAGCGGCAGUAUCUGAACCAAACCUUUAUGCACACUGGCCUUGGUAUCGGAAUAAUCGCCGUCGCAGCUCGCGCUCUGCACACCUCCGGUUGGUCUUACAGGCUGAUGGCCACCAAUCCAUGGGCGGUUGUCGGGCUGAGUUUAGUCGCUAGCAUCGGGACCAUGUAUGGCACAUCUUACACGGCUCCUGAGAACUACCUCCAGAAAUACGCUCUGUGGGGCGCCUUUAACCUGACCCAAGCCGCCGUCCUUUCCCCGCUAAUGUUCCUAUCCCCCGCCCUUCUCGCCCGCGCUGGCCUCUACACAGUUGGCAUGAUGGGCUCUAUCGCCUUCGUCGGUGCAACGGCCAAGCAGGAGAAAUACCUCUAUCUCGGCGGGCCCUUACUUGCCGGCGUUGCUAUCGUAGCCUUGUCCGGCAUUGCUCCCCUCGUUGUCCCCGCCACGGCCGCCCGAACCCUUGCGUGGUCUGAGCGCAUCUGGCUAUAUGGUGGCCUCGCGGUCUUCGGCGGCUUUACGCUCUAUGAUAUCCAGAAGAUCUUGCACCAUGCCCGCAUGGCGGAGCGACGACUAAUUAAGAAGGACGUCGUGAAUGAAAGCAUCAGUCUCGAGCUUGAUUUCUUGAAUAUUUUCAUCCGGAUGGUGCAGAUUCUAGGUAUGAGAGGCAACAACCGGAAGUAGACGCUUCCGGCUCACUCGAAGUAGGAUGCCCUAGAGCUUAGGACGUUACAGGUACACGCCAAAUGCUCAAUUUUGAGGUGAUAUAUCUAGACGAAGGUUCACAUCUACACAAACAUGACAGACAUUCCAACACCCCAAUAGAACUUCAAAGAAGGAGAACGAAUGAGAAGAAAAGGAAAGGAAAGGAAAGGGAAAAAAGAAGAAGGCCCAGAGUGCACAAUCCAAGCAUUUCGAACUUGCCGAGAAGGUUGCUUCCCGUUUACUUUUUUGUUUCCCCCCUCCCCUUCCCAGCCUGUAUACAUAAAAAGCCAUAUUUUUCGUUCUGUUUGUUUUCUCCCUAUCAAUCUAUCCCAUCAAGACCAGAACAGAACACGAGAGCGGGUUAUGAAAAAUCUCCCAUCAAUCAAAAUUUCCGAGUAGGAAAUGAAGGGGAAAAAAAAUUAAAAUUAAAAUUAAAAAAAGAAAGAAAAAUUUAAUAUAAUCGAGACCAAGAUAUAUAUAUAUAUAUAUAUAUCUUUCCCCUCCCUGCUU